AUGGCACUAGUAUCCGGUCCUGGUAGAGCCGGGGGCCCCGCAGAUACUCAACUGCACACCUUGAAGCAUGUGACUUAUGUCAAGAACCUGGACACAAGAAAAGAUGAACUUGAGUAUUGGCUGACUGAGCACCUUCGUCUGAAUGGUGUCUAUUGGGGGUUGACCGCCCUGCACCUCCUAGGUCAUCCAGAUGCCUUACCCCGCGACGAGACUGUCAACUUCGUUCUCUCCUGCCAAAGCGAUAGUGGAGGCUUUGGCGCCGCUCCAGGCCACGAUGCCCAUAUGCUCUAUACCGUUUCAGCAAUUCAGAUCCUGGCAACCAUCGAUGCCAUCGAUGAACUCGAGAAGCGAGGCCGAGGGGGCAAGGAGAAAGUUGGGUCUUUCAUCGCAAACCUGCAGAAUGAAGAUGGCUCUUUCAUGGGAGACCAGUGGGGCGAAACGGACACCCGAUUCCUAUACGGAGCCCUCAAUGCUCUGUCGUUGUUGCGCUUGAUGCACUUGGUUGAUGUACCCAAGGCUGUGACAUACGUCCAAAGCUGCGAGAAUCUCGAUGGAGCUUAUGGAAUUCGCCCGGGCACUGAAUCCCAUGCAGGCCAGGUUUUCACCUGCAUUGGUGCACUGGCUAUCGCAGGCCGCUUAGACCUGGUGAACAAAGAUCGCCUUGGGGCUUGGCUCAGUGAGCGGCAGAUUGAAAGCGGUGGCUUCAACGGCCGGCCAGAGAAGCUCGCCGAUGCAUGUUACACCUGGUGGGUAGGAUCUAGCCUGGCUAUGAUCGACCGACUCCACUGGAUUGACGGGAAGAAGCUGUCUGCCUUUGUGCUGCAAUGUCAGGAUCCUGAUGCUGGUGGAUUUGCCGACCGCCCUGGCAAUAUGGUUGAUGUUUACCACACGCACUUCAGUCUUGCAGGGCUGAGCUUACUAAAGUUUGACGGGCUCGAAGAAAUAGAUCCAAUUUAG